CCAUCACGUGAUAUCGCGUUCAUCCUCACGCGCCUUUCGUGACAUCGAGUCUGUGACGCCAUUACUUCCUCCGUACCGCCCGUAGACACAAUAUACCAACCAUUUAUCUUAUAGAAAGAUGCCUGAGAUCGCAGAAGUUGCCCGUAUCGUCCAUUUCCUACGCCUUCAUGUGGUCGGGAAACGCAUCGUAUCCGCUUCUGCAAUAGAUGACAAGAAUGUGUUUGGCAAAGUUGGUACAAGUGGUGAGGAAGUAGAAACUGCUCUGAAGGGGAAGAAGAUCGUUUCUGCAGGAAGCCAGGGGAAAUACUUCUGGAUCACCCUUGACAAACCUCCGCAUCUGGUAAUGCAUUUUGGAAUGACCGGUUGGAUGCACAUCAAGGACGAACAGACAGCAUAUACCAACUACUAUAAGAAGAUGAAAGAGGGCGAGCACGAACAAUGGCCGCCCAAGUUCUGGAAGUUCCAGUUCAAAACCGAGGGUUCGCCUGGCGUAGAAGUAGCCUUCACUGAUGCGCGUAGGUUUGGUCGCGUGCGGCUUGUCGACUGUCCCGGAGACCAGAUAAGGAAGCAUUCGCCUCUGGUAGAGAACGGACCGGAUCCAGUCGUCGACCUUGAUCGUUUCACUGAAGAUUACUUGCGUUCCAAGAUGCGAGCCCGUCAUGUCCCUAUCAAGGCCCUCUUGCUAGAUCAAACGAUGAUCAGUGGAAUUGGUAAUUGGGUGGCUGACGAAACACUCUACCAAGCUAAGAUUCAUCCUGAGCAAUACUGCGAUUCGUUCAACGAUGCCCAAAUCGCUACCCUCUAUGAAAUGAUCCGCUAUGUGUGUCAAACAGCCGUCGAUAAACUGGGAGACUCAGACGAAUUCCCCGAACACUGGCUCUUCAACUAUAGAUGGAGCAAGGGCGCAAAGGGCGCAGCGACCAAGCUCCCCAAUGGCGAAAAACUGGCUUUCAUUACAGUUGGCGGACGGACAAGUUGUUAUGCGCCCGGCGUACAGAAGAAGACGGGAAAUACAGCUCCCGGCAUCAAAGAGGAGCCUCUGGAGGAAAAGGCCGAAAUUAAAGCUCCCAAGAAGUCAAGAAAGAAGUCACCAGAGGCAGCCGAGGAGAACGUCCAGCCUCCAAAGAAGAAGCGCACAAAGGCGACCAAGAAGGAGACGAAUGGAGACGCCAUAAAGACUGAGGAUGCUGCCGAGGAAGCACAGCCAGAUGUUGGGCGAAGAAGAUCCACCCGCCUCAGGAAGUAGAUGCCUAGUUCUGGCUCUAAGAAUGCAAUGGAUGAGUAGCCAAAUGGUCGAGCUGGCUUGUCUCGCCACACCGCAUGAAGUCUUACAAACCGUGGCCUGGCGUAGGGUACAUAGAUAUUGGAGACUUAGCCGAGUUCUCCAAACUUAAGGAGCAUGGAAUUUGCAUAAACACGACAUGGAACUGCAUAAACUAAUGACAAAAAACAGAUAUGAUCUGGACCUGAAGCUGCCACGAAUUACCUAAUAGUCAACAACGCCAGCUUAAAAGCCAGGAACAAGCAUGGGUGAGAGGAGGGAUAUCUUUUUCAUUGUCUUUUCAACCGCCACUUUUCGGGACGCCAUGAAACCCAGUCUAUGCCAAAAUACCCCCUAGGAAUCCAGAAACAGAUGCAAGAAUACAGGAACCAACUGAAGGUGGUAUCGUCAACCAUCAAUUGCCCUGUGGAUAUGUGUGAACAUGAAUCAAGUAGAACAACCAGCCACUCGCCCG